AUGGCAGCACCGCAAGGGCCAUUUUUGGCCGCUGUGUUAGUCCUUGUGUCUUCGCUUCUCUGCUCCUCUUCCUCACCUGCAUGUCUGCAGUCCUGCACCUGUCAGAGUGCUUUCCUGUUGAACUGUUCCUCAGCUGGCCUUUCCUCGGUGCCCCAGCACAUCCAGGACUCUGUCACGGAGCUGGACUUUUCUCAUAACCUCCUCAAAUCUGUAACAUUUCACCAGCCACAUUAUAACCUCAGGAGUGUGUGGCUGGGAAACAACAGUAUCACACGUUUGUCCCUGUGCACUGGAAGAAACCUCGGUGGUCAACAUCUUAGAGAUAAAUAUCGCUCAAGACCUUGGACCAGACAGAAAUGUGUAUCUUGGGCCCCCACCCUGCAGCUGCUCUCUGUUGAGAUGAAUCAGCUACGCCAACUCCCAGAGGGGCUGGAGGGUAUUGAAUCCUUGGAGGUUCUGCAACUGUCUUUCAACAGGAUCUCAACUCUACGACUGGGAGAACUUAGCCAUCUUCAGCAACUGAAAGAGUUACACUUACAACAUAACCUCAUCACAAGUCUCCAUCCACAGAUGUUUCAGGAUUUACCACAGCUCAAAGUCCUAGAUCUGAGCUUCAACAUGUUGACCAGCAUCCAUCCUUUAAUGUACCUCACCCUGCAAAACAUUGGAACAGAAGUUAGGCUGCUUGGAAACAGGUGGCAGUGUGACUGCAGGAUGCACAGUCUAAGACGGCGGAUAGCCUUUGACAGCAGCAGAGGCCUGCAGGUCUGGAGCAUCAUGUGUGCUUCUCCAUCCACCCUCUCAGGCAGAGAUCUGCCUCAGCUGCAGGAUGAUGACCUGAACUGCCUCAGUACUGGUAACAUCCCAGAGCUCCAUCAGGAUGUGACAGUUCACAGGGGCUCCGAGAUACUGCUGUCCUGUUCAGCAGAAGACUUAGUGUGGUGGACGCCCAAUGGUCAAGCGUCUGUGAACCAGCCUGAUGGUGGUCUGCUCAUCAGUGACAUCACAGAGAGUGACACGGGACUGUAUGUGUGUGUGUCUAAAGAAAAACAGGUUGUGUCUGUUUUUAACCUCCAAAUCAGUAAAAUAGGUGCUGCAAGAAGAAAACCUAGAAGUUUGUCUGAAACCAGCCAAUACAUAAUCCAAGCAGGCCCCACAAAGAGUGUACGUAAUGGGACAAGUCAAGGAGCUGGAGCAGUUACUCAGUCUGACUUGGCACUGGCUGUGUGUCUAUCUAUUUUCAUCACAUUUCUAAUUGCCUUUAUCCUUGGAGUCCUUGCAAGACCGUGUAUUGAUGUUCUUUGGAAAAGAGUCACCGAAAAGAACAUCAAUACACGGUCCCGUGAAACUAACUCUGCAGUCUCUGUGGAACAAACACAAUAUGACAAUGAGGCCUUUUCCACUGGAGAGGAACUAGAAAGGACAGGACAUCACAGGGAAAGGAGAGUUACAUUUACCACUGUAAACUACAGAGAAGAUGGCAACGUACAGUAUUAUGAUACUGUAGCCAGUGGCAAUCCAGAAAGCAUCAAUAAUGAUGUAGUGAUUGAUUGUGAAGUUAGUGAGGCUCAGAAUAUUAAACAUACUCCUGAAGAUUCAGGAAAUGAAAGUAGCUCACAUCAGAGCCAUUCAGAGGGUAGACUAAAUGAUGGCAGAGAUCACACUACUGCUGGACAUAGGCACAACAUGGAGUUUGAACCCAUCCCAGAUCCUAUUGAGCUAGAGGAAAAGAGAAGCCUAUCUUCUUCAAGCUCAGAUUCUUCACUAUCUGAAAAAGAAUUCAAAGAGCACCACACAAUGACCAAGGCUCCUAAGGUGACAAAGGACCCUUUUCAACAGAAAACUGAUUUCUCAAUACUUACAAAAGAAGAGGUGCCACUAAGAUCACUAGAAGGCAAAAGUAAAAUGCCUGGAUUUACCUCUGAGCCAUGGUCACCACACACAACAGACCCUGGUUAUUUAGAGGAGAAUGAAGAACUAUUUGAAUUUAGUGAUUCUGUUUCUCCUGAGCGUCCCAGGAGUAUCAAGAAAGAUUCAGAUAUCAAAGAACCUUCAUCAGCCUCUAGUUCAUCUUCUAGUAGUGAAAGUGAUGAUGAAAGUCCAGGGAAGUUGGGCAUUCCACCCCGCACAUUCAGAGAAUCUCAAACAAAGAGUCCUGAUCCAAAUGCAAAGUGGCCUACCAUUGAUUUUCUACACCUUCCUCGAGUUAAGCGGCGCCUAGAUAUCAAAGCACCACCUGUAGAGUCGGACACAUCUUCUAGCAGUGACAGUGAGGAGGAAACAACGAAACACAUAAAGAAACACAAACAAGCAGAUAUAUAUAGUCCAAGGCAAGAAACUGAUUUGCUUUACACAAAAACCCAAUAUGUUCAUCAUACUGCAGACAUCAAAUCAGUAUCAUCAGCUUCUGAGUCAUCUUCAAGUAGUGACAGUGAAGAUGAAAAAAGGGGCCAGGCAAAGAAGCAGAGUUUGGGCUCAACGGGGUUUCAACAAUCUCAAACCAAACGUCAUGAUCCUAUUUACACAUCAAGCACCUCACAUGAGGAGGGGAUGGAAGAUUUAAGAAACCGCCCAGUUGCAGUUAAACCAGAUUCAAGAUUGCCCGAAAUGGGCCUCAGCACUAUCCCCUAUGUCAAAAAGCGUCUGGAUAUCAAGACACGUUCACCUAAGUCCUCCUCCAGCAGUGAUGAGAGUGAAGGUCGGACUACAGACCAGCCUGUUAAAAUGGCUACCAACUUAGGCUCUCCAACUUCUACAUUGUUUAAGCUUCCUCACAUUUCAAAGAAAGAUUCCAAUAUUACAUUAGAAAAGUAUGUUGUUAUAACAGAUGAGUUAAGGGAAAAUCGAAAAGACAACGUCAGCACAACACCAGAGAUAAACUCUGAGCUCCAGUCACGAUGGGCCACAAUGAAUCUUGGUGUCUCCCAAUUUAGAAAGCGCCUUAAAAUCACAUCACCGAGUUCUCAACCAUCCAAAUUGCCCUCAUCACCUCUGCCAGACUCCCCUUCUCUGAAUCCUGAAAACAAACAUGUGAAACCCUCUGAUUCCUCUUCCAGCAGCAGCAGCAGUGAAGAUGAGAUAACAGAAAACAGAGCUCCUCCAGGCAUGACAUAUGUUGACUUUCCAAUCUAUAAGCGUUCAAUUAUGAAAACUUCAUCGCUAUCUGAUAGUUCUUUCUCCCCCAGUGGCAAGAGCCAAAUGGUAAAUGUUGCACAGGAAAGUGAAAAGGACAGAAAUUCAUCACUUGCUCCAAAGAGAGUAUCCAGUCUGAGCUUUGAGGAUGAAGUAAGGAGAAGGACUGAACAAAGACACAAUGCAAAUGCAGAUAUACCACCAGAGAUAAAAUGGACUGGUGUUGGUCAUCAUCUGUCUAAAAUCUCUACACCAGCACUAAAGACAGGUCUGAAUACAACACCUCCACAGCAGGCUUCACCUGCAAAACCAGAACUUCCCCAGCUGUACUCCUCCAGCAUCAAAAGUGACUUUAAAAUAAAGCAAGACAGUUGGAAAUCAGAUGUAAAGCCAACACAUAAAUUCUCACCCAUUAGUGCCAAUAGUACUUCUUCUGCAUCCGGAGGUGCUCUUCACAGGCUUUACAACUCACCCAACACCACAUAUGAGAAUCCAAGCCCUCUUUUGCUCUCUGAUAGGAAGGAAAGAAAAGGCCUCAGUGCCCUAAAAGUCAUGUCAUCAGAGAGAAAAAUGUGGGACACGGUGGAUUUCAGUGGGGAUGGAUCUCCUACAGUUGAUGACCACAGUCCACAAGUUGACACCGGUGUUUAUUAUCGCAAGUCUGAGCCGGACAUCAAACCCCUGCCACGAUUACAUCUCCCCUCUGCUUCACCAGAUGAGAGAAGAGCUACAGAUUUGUUGUAUGAUCUUCCCCGCUACAGGAGCCAUGACAUCAAACCACCACAAGUUGCCCCACCUCCUAUUCCUGUAACACUACCGCCAGAGGAGGCCGUUGGGCUUACAUGGAGAUCUCCACAGGACAAUAAGAAACACGGCUCGGAAGGAAAUAGAACCUAUCAGCAACAGAGACAAAACACAGAGGAACCUGUUGCUUCUUCGCUUACACCAGAAUACCCACCAAUCUAUUUAAACACUUCAAACAUCAGUCAUGUUUAAUGACAAGUCAAUUCAUGCUAAACACUUAAAAAGCCACCCAGAUGAUAGGCAUGAUUCUCUGAGCUUAAGUUAUCCUGUGAAUGUCAAAAAUAUUGUGAAUUGUAUAUUAUGUGUGACUUUGGAAUGAAAUGUAAGCUAUAAUCAUUCAUUGGCUAGGGCUGCCACAGAGCACUUAAAUGCAGUCUUUAUCGAUGCACCAUGCUUAUCUUUCACGUUUGACUUAUUU